AAUUUGUUAUGAAAUCAAACAUUUGUAAUGUGAUUCCAAAAAAAUUGCCUAAAAAUAAAUACAAUAUCGCUUUAUCUUGUAUUAAAAAGAAAUGGCACAUUUAGAAGAGCCUUCUGCCGAGCACUUAAAAGUCCUGAAGGAAAAAUUCGGACAUAAAUGCUUCAAAAAAGAACAAUGGAACAUUAUGAGAAGUUUGAUGUAUGAGAAAAGAGAUUGCUGUGUGAUUGCAUCGACUGGUUUUGGAAAAUCUCUUAUCUAUCAAUUUCCACCAGUAUUUAUGAAUAAACUGACUGUUGUUAUUUCUCCUCUCAUUGCAUUGAUGCAAGAUCAAGUCCUGGCACUGAAACAAAAGGGCAUAAAAGCUUGUUAUUUCGGAAGUCAACAAUUUGAUAAAACACUUAGAAUGUGUGAUCACAAUGUUGUCUACAUCACUCCGGAAUAUUAUUUCGGAAGAGGAAAAAGAGAAAUAGAACACUGUCUCUACAAAGUAAUGAUGUUUGCUGUUGACGAAGCUCACAUCCUUGAACAAUGGAAAGAUUUUCGUCCAACAUACAGAAGAUUAGGAGAGAUUCGAACAGAUUUUCCAAAAAUUCCAUGUAUAGCUUUAACUGCAACAGCUCCUAAAUAUGUUGAAGAUUACAUCAUAAAAUCGCUGCAUCUUACAAAUUAUACGUAUUUAAGAACAGCCCUUGAUCGACCAAAUUUGAGUUUUGAAACUCGUCGUAAGCAUAAUGGUGGUUUCCUUCCCCCGUAUCCAUUUAAUCUUUUGUUCGGUAUGGUUGAACCUCAUUACGCUAAUGAUGUCCUGCCAUUUCUUCAAAAAAUUAAAGAUGGCAGUGCGAUUGUUUAUUGCUUACAAAGACAAGUAUGUGAGGAUAUGGCAAAAGAGCUACAACAACAUGGAAUUGAUUGCAAGCCUUAUCACGCUGGAAUGAAAGCUGAUGCUCGACAACAAGUUGUGAAAGAUUUUCGGAGCAAUAAAUUGAGAUUUGUAAUUUGCACGAUAGCUUUUGGAAUGGGAAUUGAUAAGCCUGAUGUUAGACUUGUAAUUCAUUAUGGACCAUCGAAAUCUAUAGAAGCUUAUUAUCAGGAAGCAGGACGAGCUGGAAGAGAUGGAAAACCCUCAAGUUGCAUUCUAUUCUAUGAAGGUGAUGAUUACGUUAUUCUUCAUCAUUUAAUCGAAUUGAACAAGAAAACAACAACUUUGAAAGAAAGAGAACAACAACAUGAAUUGGUAAAUAGAAUGAAAGCUUUCAUCGAAUCGACUAAAUGUCGACGACUGGAAAUGCUUGAAUAUCUCGGUGCAAAUAUUGAAGAAAUGAAGAAAAUAACAAUAAGAGAAAAUUGUUGUGAUCGAUGUAUUCGUCAUUUAGAAUCACCUAAAGUCGUGCCCUUAAAAUUUCUUUUUUAUGAAAUUGAUGAAAAUGGACUUUACGAUUUUACGAAAGAUGCUGAGCUUGUAUUGAAAAUCGCAACUCAUCGACUUCUCCGAAAUAAUAUUUGUGAUAUUUUAAUGGGAAUCCUUCCAACACGGCUAAAUUUUCAAGAGUUCAAAUUACAUUAUUUUGGGAGAGGAGCUUCGAAAGAUAGAGAUUGGUGGGAUGGCUUAGUGAGUUUACUGCUUACAACUGGAUAUUUGGAAUUGAAAGGCAAUGUUGUUGUGCCUGUGCGUGCAAAAGCAUUCCGACGAGAAUUCCAAUAUUUCAACAACAAGAUUUUGCUGCCACCUUCGGUAGAAAUGCGAAAAUGUUUGAAAAAGAAAGAUGAUAUGGAAGUGUUUUGGAAUAAUGGAAAAGUUGAAAGCAGAUGCCGAGAAAUUCUUGAGGAAAGUGAAGACGAAAUCAUGGAAAGGAAAAUCAAGAAAGAAAUUGACAGUUUAGCAGAUAUUAUAUUUGAUGAUGACGAUGAAGACAUGGAAAAAGAAAAUCAGCAGAUGAUCAUUGAAGAAACUAUGCAGAAUAAAAUAAAACAAGAACUUGAAAGUCUUAAGAAUAUCAUCAUCGAUGAUGAUGAAGAAAUGGAGAUUGAACAACAAUUCUACGCUUCUAAGAGAAAAAUGGAAGCAGAGAAUAUGGCAACAGUUCCUCUGUUAGACGACUUUGGAGAUGAGUUUAAUGAUGAAACAUCGCCAGAUCAGCUGAGACAUCCCUACGUCACUUUAUUCCACAUAUUCUUUCGGUCAUCAGCUAUUGUCGUUUAUCUCUUUUUCACACCGUUCAUCUCAAGCUUCAUAACUUCGUUUGUUUUCAUAGUUUUAUUGCUUUCUGCUGACUUCUGGACAGUCAAAAAUAUCACCGGAAGAAUUUUAGUUGGAUUGAGAUGGUGGAAUUAUAUUGAUAAUGAUGGAAAGUCAAUUUGGAUUUAUGAAUCAAGGGAUAAAAAUCAACAUCGUCGUAACAAUACAAGAGAAGUUCGAAUCUUCUGGUUAGGUCUUAUCUUAGCUCCUGUAUUUUGGGGUCUUUUCUUCCUUGCCGCACUCUUUGGCUUCAAUUUCAAAUGGCUUCUUCUUGUCAUGAUUGCAUUAGCACUCAACUUUGCCAAUCUUCACGGUUACACACGCUGCAAAUUCGGUUCAAGUACCAACUUAAAAGAUGCCACUUUUGGUUUCGCUAAGAAGGAAGUUCUUAAAAAUCUUUUAUCAAAUGCGCAACCGCCUGUUAAUGCACCAAAUAACACGGGAGUUGUUUAGUUUCAUUAAGCUGAUCUGUGUAUAUUUUAUUAUGCAAAAGAAAUGAUAUAAAUACAAUUUCAAUUAAUUAAAAUCAUUUUUAGUUGUUUAAUUACUGAGAGUUUUAAGAUAUUCCGCGUAUUUAACUUCCUGCUGUUGUUGAAGUUUCUUGAGUUUCUUUUGUUGACCUUUGCUGAUUUCUUUUCCUUCAUUAUCAUGAGUUGGAAGUCCAGUGUCAUCAAAUGCUGAAUAUUUAUCGUUUUGAUUCUUAAACAUAUCAAUCGGAUUGAUUCGCAUCUGUUCUUGUUUCUCUUUCUCCUUUUGACGUUGAAGUUCAAGCUUCGCAAGUUGUUCAGCUUUCUUUUGCUCUUCUCGUUUCUUUUUUUCUUCCCGUUCCCUCAUCAAAAUUUCUCGAUCAACCAACUUAAUCGCUGACGUUCCCUCUUUGUCUUCCAAUCUUACACUUAAAUUCGGUAAAAUAUCAUCACGUAACUCAUCGCAAAGUUGAAGAAUAGAAGUUGCUUUAACUUCUCUUGCAUGAUCUCUAACAGCAGCUCUAAAAUCGGCAAGUGCUGACAGAUAUGGCAUGAGAAUUUCUUCUUUGUUUCCACCAUUGUCACUUCCAGAAAUUGCUGGAAAUCCAAUCGACUUCUUUGGUGUUUGAAUAGCACCAAAAAUGUCUAAAAGCUCAGUGAUGUAAACUGCAAUCUCUUCCAGGAGUUGCGUGUUAACAAAGCUUUGAUUGUCACGCAUGUAAACAUUUGAAUGACCAAUCAGUUCUCGAAUUGCAUCAAGUGCUGAUUUCGUAUCAAUAUUGUCGCAUAAUGCGCUAUAAACUCCUUUCCUAGCUUCCAAAAACUUCACAUUAAGCACCAAAUCUUUCUCAUUGAACUUCGUCAUUUCAUCGCUUUUCUUUUGUCUCACCAAAUCUUUGACAUUUAAAAAGAAUUCAUUAAGAAACUUUUCGAAUCGAAUUGCAAUUUCCAUGGUGUUUGCACUAUAAUCAAGCGUAUCCUUCCAUGAAUGCAAGAGAAAGGCAAACCUUAUUUGUGUUGCUGUAUGUUGCUUCAAAGCUUCUUUGAUCGUUAUGAAGUUCUUCAAUGAUUUUGACAUUUUGCAACCGGAAAUUGUGAGAUGUCCAGUGUGAAGGAAAUAUUUCACCCAACCGCUGGUGUCGUAAUGAGCUUCACUUUGUGCAAUUUCAUUGUCAUGAUGGGGAAAUUUUAAAUCAACACCACCAGUGUGAAUAUCAAGAUCACUUUUGAAGAUUUCAGCAGCCAUUGCCGAACAUUCGAUAUGCCAACCUGGCCUUCCUUCACCCCAAGGACUAUUCCAAGCUGGUUCACCGUCUUUGCUGUUUUUCCACAAAGCAAAAUCAUUUGGUGAUCGCUUUUCUGUUCCUUUAUCACCUGACAAAUCACCUUCGCCUUCUUGCAAUUGAGCCGUGUCGCCGAAAGCCUCAGGAACCAGUUUCGCAUAAUGAUGAUAUUUAAUUGAAUCGAAUUUUGCUACAUCGAAAUAAACUGAACCAUUCGACACAUAAGCAUAACCAUUGGCGAUGAUCUUUUCAAUGAAUGUGAUGAUUUCGGGCACAUAUUCGGUUACUCUCGUUAGAACAUUCGGAGGAAGAACAUUGAGAGCUGUCAUAUCAUUAUUGUAUUCAUUUUCCCAGAAUCUUGUGAGAUUUUCAAAAAUCUUUUUAUCUCUGACUGUGGCUCCAAAUUGAACGUCAAGCCAAUCGGAAAUUGGAGAUUUCGCUUCAUCUUGAAGUUGUAAACGAUUUGUACUAAUUUCUCCUUCAUUUGAUGAUUCAAUUGCUUUCGUAAGACCAUCAGCAGCUUGUGUCACGUUGCUAAUAAUUUUGUUGAUCAUAAUCUGCUUGUCGGGAUCUUUGUUGUCAGCAGUUUUCUCUUUAAAAGCUUUCAUCGAAAUAUUGACAUCUUCUACGAAUUGUUCAAGCGAAACAUUUUUCUUCAAAUACUCAUCAAACAAAUAGUUCUGUCGAGCUCGUUUAAUUAUCUUAUCAUCGAUGUCAGUGAUGUUCAUGACAAAGUGAAUUUGAUAACCAAAGUAAUCCGACAAGACACGUCGCAAAAUGUCAAAGCUGAUGUAUGAGCGAGCAUGUCCCAUAUGACUGGCAUCGUACACAGUCGGUCCUCAAGAAUACCAUUUCACAAUAUUUCCAUCCUGAGGUAUGAAAACUUCUUUCUUUCUAGUUAAACUGUUGUAGAGCCUCAAUUUAGGUCCACUUUCUGUUGGAGUUGUCCAAUCUUGCUGCUUUCUAGCCAUUUAAUUGGAAAAAAUUAGUUACACGACUG